AUGAGCAGCACAUUUGUAACACUAGCUGAAGUAUUGGAGGCACGAGGGGGACCUCUACUGGAGGACGAGGUCUGGUCCCUGCUGCUGGGCACUGCAGAGUCUUUAGUGGAUGUCUCCUAUAUGGGUCACAAUAAUAUGUGCAAUAUCAUAAGCCCCACCUCCUUGCUGCUGUCAGCCACUGGUACCUUAGCAUUUAAAAACUGCGGCCUAUCAGAUGAGGUAUCCACCUUCACUGCUCCAGAGAUGCUGCAGGGCCGUGCCAGCUCAACCAAACCUGCCAUAGAGAGGAUGCUGGUGUAUUCACUGGGUAUGACUCUCUACUGGUCAGUUGAUUUUCACCUACCUCAAAAUCAGCCAGUCCAGUUGAGUGACCAUCUAAACAGCCUCCUCCUCAGUAUGUGUGAGGAUCUGGCCCACCGCAGGGUAAAUCUCAACUCCAUCCUGGAAGCCUGCGAAUCUCACCAUAAAGCCUCCAUCCUGCCGUCCCCUGCCAAAGUCAUCAGACAGCUGGUGGAGGAGGUCUUUCAUGAAUCAGUGAGUCUAGAUAUGUGCUGUCUGAGUUUCAGCCUUUCUGUAGGCCAUUGUAUGGACCACAGCUCUCUGCCAGACAGCAACAUCCCUCUGAGUGGCAGGAGUCAGAUGAUCAGAGAAAGACUUCAUGGAAAGAGAGGGCCAUUUCCAGACCAUUUCAGCGAAGGUUGUGCUGAGGGGAGAAGAUACUCAACAGACUCUGACUCAAAGUCAGGGAGUUUAACUCAGAGACCGUGGAGACAUAGACCAAGGAGCUCUCCCACACCUUUGUACCACUCUUCUUUGGACAGACUCCCUCGCGGGGUUCGUCACAGGGACAGCAACUGCAGUUGGCUUGGCAGGAGCCCUCACCACGACCUCUCUCCCAAGACAUCGGGCAGGUCUCACAGUCCUUCCAUCACCUUCAGCGAAUCCUCCCUCAGCCUGAGCCAGAGGAAAGCUAAGGCUUUGGGUCCUGAAUUCAUCAGAAUGGCAGACGAGCAACAAAUUGUUCUUGAGCUUCCAGGAUCUAUUGUGUCUAAAAAGGGCCGUUCAUGUUCGUCUCAGAGAGAAGUGACUGUAGUGCUGCUUAACGGACAGUACGUGGUGGUCCGCUGUGACAUCAAGUCCAGAGCAAGAGAUGUGUUUGACAUGGUGGUGGCUCAUGCAAACUUAGUGGAGCACUUCUACUUUGGUCUUGCCUUCCUAGAUGAUGAUGAAUAUUUCUUUUUGGACCAUGAAACAAAAAUCUCUAAAGUUGCUCCUGACAGUUGGAAAAAAGGGCAGAUAGCCUCCUUUUUAAUGUUUCUUCGAGUCAAAUUUUUUGUUGAUGAUAUCUCCUUCAUUUUGCACAGGCUGACACGUCACCAGUACUACUUACAGCUGCGUAAGGACAUCUUGGAGGACAGGCUUUACUGUAAUGAGGAGACGGGCUUGUUUCUGGCUGCUCUUGCUCUGCAAGCUGAGUUUGGGGAUUACAUGCCAGAGUUGUACGGCAAGAAUUAUUACCAGCCAGAGCAUUAUGUAUCAAAGAGGAUGCUCGAGAAGUUGGCUCUGCCCAGUGUUAAGGAAGAGUUGCCAAGACUACAUGCAAGUCAUGCCCAGAUGCUGCCUGAAGAGGCAGAAACAGAGUACCUGAAGAUUGCCCAGCAGUGCCCAGAGUAUGGGGUUAUGUUCCACCGUGUGGGAAGAGAGAAAAGGCAGGUGGUGGGAGAGUUGGUUUUGGGAGUCUGUGCCAAAGGAAUCAUAGUGUACGAGAUGAAGAACCACCUCCGGACUGUCACCAGACGCUUCCUCUGGAGGGAGACUGACUCAAUAUCCACUGGGCGACGUAAACUGAUUAUAGAGUGUGGAGGGCCCAGUGGGAAAAAGCACAGUUUCAUAACAGAGAGCUCAAAAAUAGCACAGUACCUCCUGAACCUUUGCUCAGCACAGCACAAGUUCCACAGUGAGAUGACGUCACGUCAAAUGAACCACAGCAUGAUAUCAGAUGAAAACAUGUCUGUCUACCGGGCUCGUAACCUGAACUUGAAGCGGCUGUCAUGCUCAGAGGGCAUGUUGAACCAUGUAGGUUUAACACCUGGUCAACCAGACUCCCUCUCCAAGUCCUGUGACGACCUGACUGCCAAGCUGGAGGCGCGUCUCCGCCAGCAGAGAGAGAUGAGGAGGGAGAUGAGCAGAGAGCUGAACAAGGAGCCUCCCGAAACAGGAGACUUGAAAGAGCGGCAGUACUGGAGCACUCCAGAGUCGAUUCCCAGAAUGAUGUCCAGUGUCUCACUACAGAAGCAAGACUCCGAUGCCUCUUCCUCUAUACGAGUUGACACCCCAACCAGGACCCCACCAGAGAGAGAGAUAAUCUGUGUGAACCUGAAAAAAGAUCCCAAACUUGGCUUUGGCUUUGUGAUAGUAGGCGAGGACAAUACAGGUAAACUUGACCUUGGAAUCUUCAUUGCUUCCAUUGUGCCUGAUGGGCCUGCAGACAAAGAUGGACGAAUCAAACCUGGUGGACGUCUCAUCUCCCUUAACAAGAUUAGUUUGGAAGGGGUAACAUUCAGUGAUGCUGCUGCCAUCUUACAGAGCAGCCCUGAUGAAGUGGAGCUCAUUGUGUCCCAGCCUAAACAGUCUCUGAGGGACAGUAGGAAUUCCCUGAGUCAAAGCACGCUCGGUUUGGCUUUGGAGAGAGGCUUUGGCUCACAGACAACCCUGAGUGGCAUAGAGUUCCGCCCCGCCAUGGAGGAACUUGAGGAGGCCAUGACUCUGUCCAACAUGGCAACCCCCAAGCAGGGCAAGAGGCUUCACAUUCCUGUUGUGCGAAUACAUGACCCAGAGAAAGCUCGUUCCCGAUCUCCUUCUGUCAUAAGUCUGAAAACUGGGGAGCGAUUUAUAAUGGAGUUGAAGAAAAGCAAUGGCAGCCUUGGCAUCAGUGUUGCUGGAGGAAUAAACACCAAUGUGCGAUUUGGAGGCAUCUACAUAAAGAGUCUGGUGCCCGGAGGUGCUGCAGAGCAGGACGGACGCAUUCAGAUUGGUGACAGACUGCUGGAGGUUGAUGGGUCCAACCUUAGGGGCGUGACUCACCAACAAGCUGUCGAGUGCCUGAAGAAGACUGGGGAGGUGGUGAAUCUACUGUUAGAAAGGGAACCCACAGUAAUCUUAGAGCCCAGACCCGACUCACCCUGCCCCCUUUUGGCCCCCAGUUCAUCAUUCACACAGCUCCCCAGGACUGAAGUCUCCGUGGAAACGACCUUGAGUGGUCGAGCCAAGGACUACAGCUUUGUGACUGACGAAAACACACAUGAAGUGGUACUGAAGAAGAGUUUGUCUGGGCUCGGCUUCAGUUUUUACAUCUCCCAGCUGCACUCGGGGCCAGACAGAGGCAGUCUGGUUCGCAUCAAGCGUCUCUUCCCGGGCCAGCCAGCACUAGAGAGUGGUCUACUGCGAGAGGGAGACGUCAUUCUGUCUGUCAACAAUGAGCCUGUUAAGGACCUCUCUUACCAGAGGGUUUUGUUUCUGCUACGUGGAGCUCCAUCUGAAGUUAAUCUGUUGAUCUGCCGACCGGGUCCUGGACCACUGUGUGAUGCAGAUGACAACACACUGGGUCCUGCACCCGUCCGUGAGUUCCGAUCCCGUUCUCUGGACAUCCGACUAGGAGAGGACUAUAGUCAGCUCCUUAAGUUUCAAUAUAACCUCAACAUAAUUGCCCAGAAGCAGCCCCCCACACAGGAGGAAGAUCUAACCAACAGAGCAGAGAAAAGCCCCGAACCUCCUGCAUCUCCAGUGCUCCCUGAGAGCCAGGAGAGUCUGGAUGGUGAAGCACAGGCUAACCAGAUUCUCCCAUCUCCUCCUCGGUCACCCCCUUCGCCCACUUCACCUACCUCACCUCCGUCACCAGUCUCCCCAGCCUCACCUGCAUCGCCAGCAUCCCCCACCUCACCUGAGUCACAACCAGCUGCUGGGAAACCAGAGGAACAACAGGAAGUAGAAACAAAGGGGGAGAACAAGGAUGAAGAGGGGGCCGUCAAAACAACAUCAGGUUCAACUGUGUUUAUGGACGUCUGCCCUAAAACAGCUUCAAACUCUCUAUAUGCCAGUGGAGUCAGAGAGGAGGCAGAUGGAAGUGUCACCUACUGCCUCAUGGGAAAUGGACUGACUAUAAUGGCAGAUGAAGAGUACCUGACAAUCAGCUCCACUCUGGAACCUCCUCACGGCCUUUCUUCCAGUCUGGCCACUCACACGGCAACAACCAACCUUACAGGCCUCAGCUCUCAAUCCUCCAACAUAUCCUCUAGUUUCAGCUCUCAGAAUCCGAACCUAAAUCCUCUCAUCCCCACUACAACUAUCUCACCCCUCAGCAUCUCAUCUGACACUCCGACCACUUGCCCUCUGGCACACCCAUCUCAGCCACUCACAACUCAGCCACCCAAAGCCAAGCACCACCCAAUCCAGCAGGGGCUGUUUCCAAGUCAUUACAAGGCUGUUUCAAAGAACAGCCUGCCUGUUGUGCCUCCCCCUCAGCCUCCUGCUCCACCACAGACCCCCAUCACAGCCCAGAUCAUGUCCUCUGUGCCUCCCUGUGCCAGUCCACCUGCCCCGUCCCUGCCAUCCACCAUACUGCCCCCACCUGUGCAGAGCCACACACAGCUGAGAGAAGAACCCGAGAAGAAAGAAAGGGAAUACAACGAUGAAGAUUAUGAUGAGGAGGAGGAGGAGAGUCGAAGAAAGGGAUUGGUUAAAGAGUUUGAGAUGUCAGUGGUUCUGACCAAGUCCAGGAGUGGGAGCUUUGGGUUUACAAUCACUCGAAGCAAACUGGACAACUGCUACUACAUACAGGAAAUAUUGGACAACCCAGCCAAAUCAGAUGGACGACUCAGAGCAGGGGACAGGCUCGUCAUGGUAAAUGGGCAUGAUGUUACCAGUGUGGCAGAUGAUUUUGCCAUGACGAUUCUCAGGUCAUCCCCAAGAAGAUUGAGUAUGACCCUAGGAAGGGCGGUUACCAACCUGGUGGCGCCACCGUCCUGUGACAGCCUGCCCGAUAUUGUUCUCUACAAGACACCUUCAGGACAGCUCGGUAUAAAGCUGACAGGCGGCAUUGGCAGCAAAUGGCAGGGAAUCUACUGUCUGGCUGUGGUGCCAGGCUCUCCAGCCAGCGAGGAGGGCAGUGUCCAACCCAAUGACAAGAUCCUCUACAUCAGUGGCAGGUGCACCCUGGGAAUGACCCUAGAGGAUGCGGUGAAAUCCUGUGAGAUCGCCCCUCGUAAAGUGAAACUGAAAAUCCUCAGAGAUGACCAGCCAGUGACUCCUAAGGCUAAGUGGAAUGGUCUGUUUGACUGGAAGAAGGACAGGAGGUUCUUUGCUCGUUUUGAAGAGCCUGCCUCUCCAGAGAAAGACUCUCCUCCUGAAGAAGCUGAACCUGUGUGUAGGACUGCUGGAAACUUCAGAUGUCGCUCUCUCACUCAGGAGCAAGACAGUUGCAUCAUGCAAGUGGAGUUUAUGAAACCAGACGGAGGUGGUCUUGGCUUCGCUUUGGUUGGGGGAACCAAUGGCAGUAUGCUCAGAGUGAAGGAAAUCUGCUCUGGUGGAGUAGCUGAGCAGGACGGUCGGCUGAGAGUUGGAGAUAUUCUAUUAGAGGUAAAUGGUGUGAUUGUGUCCGGGUUGAGCCACAGUAAGGUGGUGGAUAUUCUGCGUAAAGCUGAGGGCACUGUACAGCUCACCAUCUGCAGAGACAUUCUGCCCCUGACCUACUCUGAAUCACCUACACCACCCAACAUGUCCGCUCAGACUGAAGCUAUUUUAAAUGAGCAGCCAGUUCCUGUUUCCAGCCCUGAUGCCUGUUCCUCACCAGAUGUCAUGCUGAAUAAGCCAGUUGAGCGCCCCCCUGAAGCGACUUCAGACUCUGUAGUUAAUGAAACAGAUGGUAUGUUCUUCACCGCACCACCUCCUCAAGCACGCCAACUGACUAUAGUAACAGAUGAGGUUGAAAUUACGCAGGAGAGCUGUAACAGCACGCCUUCUCAUCAAGCUUGCUGCCCAUCCCUCAAUGUCACUGACAUGUUGCAUGGAGCUUCUGACAGGAAACAAAUCGUGACCAAACUUUUGGACCAGUCCUGCAAAGAUAUCCGAAAAACCCAGUCAGAUGGCUGGAGCAGCGAAGAAGAAGAUGAUGUAUUCGAUGCCACUGCUCAGGAAAUGACAUCACCCCAAACAGGCCCACCCAUAGUAUCAGAGGAGGAACUGGCCAGUUUAGCACUCAUUAGCCCUGCUAAGUCCAGCCAAUAUUCAGGCUCCAGGGUCAAAGCACUCAUCCAGAUUCUGCAGCAUCAACUGGACCAGCAGGAACUGGUCAAAGAAUUCAUGGCCCUGGAGCAUCUGAAGCCUUCUGAUAACUGCCUGGUGGGAAAAUCCCCCGAGAACAGAGACAAGAACCGCUACAGAGACAUCCUACCCUAUGACAAAACCCGCGUUGCCAUCGGAGAGAACCAGGAUUACAUCAACGCCAGCUUCAUCCGCAUGCAAGUUGGAGCAGAGGAAUUCUUCUACAUCUCUUGCCAGGGCCCUCUGCCUUCCACAGUGAUGGCCUUCUGGCAGAUGAUCUGGGAGAACAAAUCUGAUGUCAUUGCCAUGAUGACCCAAGAAGUAGAACGGGGAAGGGUCAAAUGUCACAAGUACUGGCCAGAGAAGCUGGCUGUGCCUCUGGAUACUGGCAGGUACCAGCUUCACUUGGAGAACCAACAGUACCUGGAGUAUUUCCACAUAAAGGUCAUCCGAAUGGUGGAAAUAGAGAGCGGUGAGACCCACUUUGUCCGACACCUGAAGUUCACACACUGGCCUGACCAUGGCGUGCCGCAGUGCUCCGAGCAACUGGUUCGCUUCAUCCGCUACCUGAGGGCUGUGCACCAUAAAGGGCCGGUCACCGUGCACUGCAGCGCUGGCAUCGGACGCACAGGAGUUCUGAUCUGCACUGAUAUUAUCCUCAGCCUCACGGAGAACGAUUUACCUAUUAAUGUGAGCAACAUCGUAAAGGAGAUGAGACUUCAGCGGCAUGGGAUGAUUCAAACAAAGGAACAGUACCUCUUCUGCUACAAAGUCUGGUUGGAGAUUUUACACGGAAUUUUACAGCUUCAUGGCAGCCAAUGGCAACCGGAAAGUCCCCAAGACCACAAAGUGGUUUGAAUGUUUCCAUCAUCAAGUUCACUUACCUAUAAA